UUUGUGUAAACUUGAGUGUCAUACACAAAGUGUAUCCCACUCACUGGCUGGGUUUUCAACACUAGAGUGUGUUGUCACGAUAUCAGAAUUUCUUUCGAUACCAGGUUUAGUAACUCGAUACCAUGGCACUUGAUCCAGACGUAUAACUCAGCUAACGUUACUGCUGUUUUAUCGUUGGAUAUCUUUUGAGUUCAAUAUCAUUACAUUUGAAAUUUUAUGUCAACAUUUUUCAGAGACAGCCAUGUAUGCAUCAAUUAAUAAAUUGUACAAUCAUGAUUAAUUUGACUGUUUUUACCAAUGUAACUACAUAACGGUAAUCAUUUAUUUGAAUGGUAAACCUCUAUUGGUAAACAUGGUAAAUCAAGAUGGCCUAGGCGGCCUAUUCACAAUACAGGUGUAAGCAUAUUCAAUGAGUAAGUGUAUACAUUGAGUUAUUGUGCUUGUUUUCACUAUUCAAAUCCAAUUGUAGUGGUCCUUCUGUAGCUCAGUUGGUAGAGCAUGGCGCUUGUAACGCCAGGGUAGUGGGUUCGAUUCCCGGGACCACCCAUACAUAGAAUGUAUGCACACAUGACUGUAAGUCGCUUUGGAUAAAAGCGUCUGCUAAAUGGCAUAUAUUAUUAUUAUAUUAUAUUAUUUGUCACAUGUGCCGAAUACAAGCGUAGACCUUUACUUAUAAGCCCAUAACCAACAAUGCAGUUUUAAGAAAAUACUUUCAAAAAUAUUUAAUGUGGCUACAGAUGACAAUUUGUUUCCCUCCCAAUUGGGACUUAUUUUAUUGUACUGAUCAACAUUUACAAUCUCUUCUUUUAUAAAAUCCAUUAAUUAAGUCAUUCAUGACGAGGCAUAUAGGCCAUCUGUAAGUAGCCCAUCCAUCUACCUCAUCCCCAUAUUGCUAUUUAUUAAUAUUUUUGCUCCUUUGCACCCCAGUAUCUCUACUUGCACAUUCAUCUACUGCACAUCUAUCACUCCAGUGUUUAAUUACUAAAUUGUUAUUACUUUGCCACUAUGGCCUAUUUAUUGCUUACCUCUCAUGUCUUACCUAAUUUGCACACACUGUACAUAGAUUUUUUUUCCUAUUGUGUUAUUGACCGUACGUUUGUUUAUUCCAUGUGCAACUCUGUUGUGUGUCGCACUGCUUUGCUUUAUCUUGGCCAGGUCGCAGUUGUAAAUGAGAACUUGUUCUCACCUGGCCUACCUGGUUGAAUAAAGGUGGAGAAAAAAUGUCCAUAUAGUCUGAGGGAGACGUUACAGACGGUGGGAAAGUAUCUUUGGAUGUGAUGCAGAGACGAUUAAGUGAAUUAAUAACGUUUUUGGUGACACAGCUUUGAAAUCAGCAUAUUUUGCACAAUGAUUUGCAUUAUAUCACAAACAAAGUGCUAGGGUUGUGAAUUGUUUGAUGUUAGCUUCAGCUGUAAGCUAGCAAUGAAAGUUAACCUACAAUUACCACUGGAAGCUACCGGUAUCAUCUUGCAUUAUUAGGAUUCUAGCCUGUAUGGACAUUGUUUCGUGAACAGUUUCAACAUUUCUACAUGCCGUGUUGCAUUAUUCAAGUGUGGUAACUUCUGUGCAGCAUGAGUGAGGAGCUAGCAAUGAGUAAAUGGAGCAGGUAAGAGGCAUGAACGGUGCGCUCACUGCAGAAUGGGACAUCUGCUGCGCUGAUAGACUUCAUCCUCUCAAUCAUUAUACGACUUGAGACACAUUUGACAGAAGUACAGAAAGUAACCAAUUCUAGUACCGAACCGUUUUUCCAUGUUCUAGUAUUGAAGUUUCAGUAUACUGUGCAACACUACACUACAGAAGUACAACCAAAGAGGGUGACCAACCAAUGAGCAUUCUCAUUGGUUGAGCAUUCUGUUCGAAUUGGGUAAGCUGCUCAAUAUUUCAUUCAAUAACAGUCAAUCCCUCCUAUCAAUAUCUAGCGGCAGGUGAAUUGACACUGCACUGUUUGCUUAUCAUGAAAGUAAUGCAAUAGUUUUUGGUCCAGACCAGCAGACUCCUCUGUUUAUGUUCCUUUCAGGAUGUCCAAAAUUGAGCGUCUGAAUGCCCGUGUGGCGAAGCUGCUGACGGUGGCAGUGCAUGAGGUUCUGGAGGUGGUGAAAGAGACUGUGUCAGAGUACCAGGAGAAAACAGCCAGAACUCAGAGAGAGAAUGAGAGUCUGAGGAGAAGACUGCAGGAAAUGCAGGACAAGAUGAAGAGAGAGAACACAGCUGCUCAACUUGCAACAUUUCCUGCGACUGGUGGCCGUGGAAGAGUGGCCAUCGAGAAACCGUCAGAGCAGGGUUGGAGCCCUAGUCUGAGGCAGGACAGCCCAGAGCCCACACAGGUAGAUGAGAAACCAGCGCUCACUUUCGAACAGACUGUGAGACUAAGGCAGGAGGAGGAGGAGUACAAUGCACUGGAGCUGGAUCAAACAGCACACUAUGAGACAGAGUGUAACUUUACCUUAACCUUACCCGGGCAUCACGAGGAGGUGGCACGGCAAUCAGAUGAAGCCGUUUCGGUCCACAUGCCUCAGGGUGUGAAAAAUGACUCGCACUCAGACUUGAAUAGCACUUCACAGGGAAACACCCAGCUUGGCAUCAAUCUGACUGUUAUCAAGACGGAACCCGAGCCCACCGAGUGCUCAGCACCCGAACCGUUGACUAUCCCGGAGACCUUUGAUUGUGUCGAUUUAAGCUGCAAUUCCACACGCUACGACCCAACAAUGAAUGCUCACAAGUCUCAUGUGAGCACUGGACCAUAUAACGAACUCGUAUUCGUCCACUCGAGUCACAACAGCGUCGGGAGGAGGUUUGGGUUUGGGAAAAACAGUAGGGACGGGAGGAAACACCAUAGGCAACACUUCAGGAGGGAUGAGCCGCACAGCUGCUUUGUGUGCGGCAAGACGUUCAGCCGGGUGGGGAACCUGCGUAUCCACCAGCGCUGUCACACGGGCGAGAAACCCUACUGCUGCCUUCAGUGCGGCCGGUGUUUCAGUCAGGCCGGGGACCUCAAAAAGCACAAAAGGGUCCACACAGGGGAGAAGCCAUACUAUUGCGGCCAGUGCGGCAAGAGCUUCAGCCGUGGGGAGAACCUAAAGAGGCAUCAGAAGAUCCACAUCGGAGAGACCUUACACCUGCAGCAGGCAUGGAGAGAUCAACAGUCAAACUAGGUGUUCAAAGCAAUCUUUUGAGAAAAAACUAUAUAAAUGCACAUACAGUGCAUAUGAAUGAAUGCACAUGCAGUGCGUGGUACUGAAAUUAACAUGAGAUCUGCAGUGCUGAAAAAGUAAAGUGACUGGGUCAUACUCAUGGGUGGAUUGGCUGUAUUAUUCAGGUUAUCGAUUUAGUCAAUGGGUAACAUGUAUUUUGACCAUAAGUGGAUGGCAUACCUUUGAUCCACUGGAGUGUUCAUUAUUCAAUAGGCAAACCUCUUAUCACUGGCUUUUGAAUAAGAGAGUGCGGUGUAAGCAACAAAAUAAUGUUUUGUACACUGAAACAUGUAUCUCCUCUGUACACAUACAGGAAAGACUUGGAUGUUGUGUGACAAAUCGAGCAUUACAACAUUGUGUUCAUGAUGAUUAAAGAGAGAAGUGAGCAAACUGA